GACGUCACAGCUAGACGUCGGCUGCUACCACAGAUGUAUCUAGGUGUACUAUAGGGGAUAUGAUAGUUUUCCCGCGUUUUUAAUGACACACGACAUAUUAUAGUGCAUUAUAAUCAAUUACAAUUGAAAUCAGCUGAUAUUGUGAAAGAAGAGGGUAAAUUACUGAGGGUUCAAAGCGUUUGCUUAGUGCGCAGACGCAACUUUAUUCCCACGACAGCGCAUCACUGACUGUGACAGUAUACUUUCAGACUCCAUCAGUGUAAUGUACUAUUGAUAAAGUUUAUUUAUACACGUUGAAAAUUUAAAUAUCAACAAAAACAAUGUAAUCAUUUUUAUGUAUACGAAGAAUAAGAUGAAAAAUAAAAUAACAAAUUUGUCAGCUAUAUCGCCAUCGCUUUCUCAUUGGAUAAUUGUGAUCUUGUCACUUUGUGUUAUUAACAGUUAUGACGGAAACUUUGUUUUUGAUGAUACUGAGGCUAUUGUUAAUAAUGAUGAUAUUACAUUUUUGGUUAAGACAAGAUUUAAUUUCUCAAGACUUCCACAUAAUGAACAUAGCAUUGCACAGUAUGGUUUGCCUAUUAACUUUAUUUGUGUAUAAUAUGCUUUUGGGACCAGACGAACGGAAUACAUCAUUUUAUGCUGCAGCCUUAUUUGCAGUUCAUCCAAUUCAUACAGAAGCUGUAUCUGGAAUCGUAGGGCGUGCUGAAUUAUUAUGUACUUUAUUUACAUGGCUAUCAAUUUUAUUAUAUAACCAUGUGAUAUACACAAAAACAUUGUUACAUGCAUGGAUUGCUAUGUCUGCGUUUGCUAUUUGUAUAACCAUAGCAAUGUUGUGUAAAGAAACUGGAAUAACUGCAAUCGGUAUUUGCGCAAUAUACGAUAUAGUUAUAGUAAACAAAAUAUAUCCAAUUGAUGUGAUUAAUUUUCUUUUAUUUAAAUAUUCUAAUAAAAAUGUAAAUAAUUUUUUUAAAUACAAAAAUACAAUAUUGAGACUUUUUGUACUCUCUUUUAUUACAGUAAUACUUUUAUCUUUAAGAUUUAGUAUUAUGGGAUUUUCUGUUCCUAAAUUUCAACCAGUAGAUAAUCCAGCAUCUUUUAUGGAUAAUAUAUUUUAUCGUAUACUUAAUUAUAACUAUAUCUAUUGCCUAAAUACAUGGUUAUUAAUAUGUCCUAUAUGGCUCUGUUUUGAUUGGUCAAUGGGUUGUGUACCUUUAAUUACUGGCUAUGACCACAGGAUUUUUAUGAUCAUUAUGUUCUGGGUAUUAUUUGGAAUAUUGAUCAUGCAUACAUUUACCUCUCGUAAGGAUAAAACUUUAAGUUACAUAAUUAUGGGACUUGCGAUACUGAUUCUUCCAUUUUUGCCAGCUAGUAAUAUCUUCUUCAAUGUUGGAUUCGUUUUGGCAGAGAGAAUAUUAUACAUUCCUUCAGCAGGAUAUUGUUUAUUACUUGUUAUUGGUUUGCAAAAAUUUUCUGCGAGAUUUUCUUUGCCUCAAGCAUCAUUGUUAGCAUAUAUGAUUCUUAUUAUAUUAUUGUUUGCACGUUCCUGGAUAAGAAGUAAUCAAUGGAGAAACGAAGAACUACUUUUUCAAUCUGCAUUAGAUGUAUGUCCUUUAAAUGCAAAAGUACAUUAUAAUAUCGCAAAAAAGGCUGCAGAUGCAGGAUAUGUAGAUCUUGCUAAAUUAGAAUAUCAGGAAGCUUUACGAUUAAAUCCAAAAUAUGCUCAAGCUAUGAACAAUCUUGGUAAUUUACUCAAAGAUCAAGGACAGCUUUUAGAAGCUUUGAGUUUGUUUAAACAAGCUAUCAAUCUGCAGGAAGACUCGGCUAUAGCGUGGAUGAAUCUAGGUACAGUUCAAUCAGCAUUAAAGCAGUAUGAAGAAUCAGAGGCGAGCUACUUUAGAGCUUUACAGCAACGAUCAAAUUAUCCAAAUUGUUACUAUAAUCUAGGUGUAUUAUAUCUCGAACGGAAACAAUAUGAUAAGGCAUUGAAAGCUUGGAUAAAUGCAACUAGCCAGAAACCUACCCAUAAACUAGCCUGGACAAAUAUGAUAAUAUUAUUAUAUGAUUUAGAUAGGCUAGAAGAAGCAUUAAGAAUGGCGAAUAAAGCUUUGAAAUUUAUCCCAAAUCAUGCUCCUAUCUAUUGUAACAUUGCUAAUAUCUUGGGACAAAAAGGAAAAUACGAGGAAGCAGAAGUCCAAUUCAAGCUGGCAAUAUCGAAAAAUCCUAUGGACCCUAUUAUUUAUGCAAAUUUAGGUGUUCUGUAUCAUCGUUGGAAUAAAUUAAAUGCAGCAGAGCAAAUGUAUAAAAGAGCAUUACAAUUAAAACCAGAUUUAAAAAGUGCGAAAGACAAUAUGAAAAGUUUAUACACGUUGGGGACAAUAAAGUAAUUUUUUACCUCGA